ACCUGGAGAUGAGACCUGUCAUUUACUCCAGCCUUUAUAGUAAUGCUACAAAACGAAGAGGAAUGGAUAAAAACAUUGGCGAACAACUCAAUAAAGCAUAUGAAGCCUUCCGGCAGGCAUGCAUGGAUAGAGAUUCUGCAGUAAAAGAACUACAGCAAAAGACUGAGAACUAUGAGCAGAAGAUACGUGAGCAACAAGAACAGCUGUCACUUCAACAAACUAUUAUUGACAAGUUAAAAUCACAAUUACUUCUUGUGAAUUCCAGUCGAGAUAACAGUUAUUGCUAUGUUCCCCUGCUUGAAGACAGUGAAGCAAGGAAGAAUAAUUUCACUCUUGAUCAGCCACACGAUAAAGUGAUUUCAGGAAUGCCAAGAGAAAAGCAAUCAAAGGUAAGACGACAAGAAAUUUCUUCUCCUAGAAAAGAAACUUCACCAAGGAAUUUUGGCUUUCCUUUGCUCCAUGAAAGGGGUAAUAUAGAGAAGACCUUCUGGGAUCUAAAAGAAGAAUUUCAUAGAAUAUGCAUGUUAGCAAAAGUACAAAAAGACCAUUUAAGCAAGCUUAAUAUACCAGACAUUGCAACAGAAACACAGUGUUCCAUGCCUAUACAGUGUACAGAUAAAACAGAUAAACAAGAACCACUAUUUAAACCUCAGACUAAAGAUAAUACAAAUAGAGGUGCCCCAUGCAUCGCCUCUGUCACACCAAGAGGACUGGGCCGUGAUGAGGAAGACACCUCUUUUGAAUCACUUUCUAAAUUCAAUGUCAAGUUUCCACCUAUGGACAGUGACUCAACUUUCUUACAUAGCACUCCAGAGAGACCCGGCAUCUUUAUUCCCCCCACAUCUGAGGCAGUGUGCCAAGAUAAAUUUAAUAUGGAGCUCAGAGGCAACUUUGUUAAGACAGAAGAAACUUUGUUUGAAAUUCAAGGAAUUGACCCCAUAGCUUCAGCUAUACAAAACCUUAAAACAGCCGACAAAACAAAACCAUCAAAUCUUGUAAACACUUGUAUCAGGACAACUCUGGAUAGAGCGGCUUGUUUGCCACCUGGAGACCAUAAUGCGUUAUAUGUAAAUACAUUCCCACCUUUGGACCCUUCUGAGGCACCUUUUCCCUCACUUGAUUCCCCGGGAAAAGCUAUCAGAGGACCACAGCAGCCUAUUUGGAAGCCCUGUCCUAAUCAAGACAGUGACUCAGUGGCACUAAGUGGCAUGGACUCAGAACUGCAUAUAUCUCGAGUAUGUGAAUUCUGUCAAGCAGUUUUCCCACCAUCCAUUACAUCCAGGGGGGAUUUCCUCCGGCACCUUAAUUCACACUUUAAUGGGGAGACUUAAGACAAUUUGAAAACAUACAUAUCAAGUUCUAUAUGAUGAUUUGGGGUCUGUAAUACUAUAAAUACUUGAUUGUAAACUAAAUUCAGGAUCAUUUAUAGGAAAAUCUAGUUUCACAGCUAUUUGAGUUUUUUUCCAGACUUAUUUUGUAACUUUCAUGAUCUUUUAAAAGAUCAUUCUUUUAUUUUUGGGGGAAGUAAGCCAAAAAAAAAAAAAGGAAGAAAAGCAAAAGAUCAUUCUAUAUAAAACUGUAAUUCAUUGUAUUCAUGUUUGCAGUGUUAAUACCAUAAUUCAAAAUUAUAUAUUUGACUCACAUUAUAUAUUUGACUCACAUAGUUAUGUAAUCAUAAUUUAUGUUUGUUUCAAAUAUCUAAGUUUAUUGCUUGAAUUUCUAGUGAGAUCCGUUGAAUUUGGUAAUGUCAAAUGUUUAUAGGGGUUUUUCCCCAUGUGUUUUUAUUGAAAAUUUUAGGUUAUUUUUGCUAUAGGUGAUGUUCUCUUUGAACAUAUAGCAAAUAGCAGAUGUGUAAUGUCUUAGCAUUUGUUGCCCAGUGAUAAAAAUCACUGGUAGAAUUAUUUAAAUACAUCAGAUUGUUUUUUAAUAAUAUACAUGGCUUUAAUUUUUUCUAAGUGUAUAGCUACAUCAUGAAAUAAAUUAAAUAUUAAAAGAGUUA